AUGAGCGCGGCGUUCGGGCAGCACGGGUGCUGGGCCUGCUGCCCGCAGCACGGCGGCUGGGCCGCCAGCCCGCGGGCCACCGCGGCCACCGUGCGGGCUGUGGCGGCGGCCAGGCCGCCGUCGCCGGGGCUUGGCGGCGGCUGGGCCUCCGUCGUCACGCCGCGGGCGUGCGCUGCGCCAGGGGCCGCCGUCAUCACCGCGCAGGCGGCGCAGGCCGCGCAGGCCCGAGGCGCCGCCGCACCGCUCCUGGUGCGGAGGUCCCGCUCGGCCCCGCUAUGGUCAGCGGCGGCCAGCGCGGCCGCGGGCACCCCGCGGGUGCAGCUGGCCGCGCCCGCCUGCGCGGGUCCGCUGCCCUCGGCGGUGCCCACACGGGCGCUGCCCGCUCCGCAGCCACAACCGCAGCCGCAGCAGGUGCUCCUCCACGGCGGUGCCCGCACGCCGCGCGCCGCGUGGGCCGCGCCGCCUCGCCACGGGUCGCCCACAGUGGCGCGCGCUUGGGCCGGCCAGCCGGCCCUGCCGCUCGCGAGGGCGCCAGUCGCUACGGUGCCCGCGCGCGCUGCAGGGACGCACGCCGCGCGGUGGCUGGAGGCGCAGGCGCUGGCGCCAGCGCGGGCCACCUCUCCACCCCACAGCGCCCGAGGCAGCUUCGAGGCAGUGGUGGCCACGGCCGUCGCCUCAGCCGCGGGGCCGCUGCCCAGGAGGAGGGCGAGCGCCGAGCCACGCUCCCCGAGCGCCGCGGCGGCCGUCUGCAGGGCGGCGUCUGCGCCGCCGGGCGCGCUCGUGCAGCGGCGGCUCUUCAGCGCGCCGGGCGCCGGUCCACCCGCUCAUCACUGCGGCGGCGGCGCGCAGGUCUCGGCGGUGCUGCUCGCGACGCCCGAGCCCGUCGUGGACGCCAGCCCAGGGCUUCCGCGGCGAGAUGAGCUCCCAGCGUGGCACGAGGCGGGCGCUGGAGGCACGUGGCACGAGGGCGUGGCACGGCCGACGUGGCACCUUGCGCGAGGUCUCGGAGCGGGGCGCGAGCACCCGGCGCGGCACGAGGCGGGCGCCCCGCGCCCAGCGCGCGAGUUUCUGGUCGGCUGCGCCGCGGAGCCCGCCGCAGGCCGCGUGGCGGUUUCCCCGCUGGAGCCUGGCGGCGCAAUGGGGGCGGCAUGCGGGCGCUGGGACAGCCCGCUGGCGCAGCUGCCACCCGGGCCCCCGCUCGGCGCGCACCCGACCGGGCCGUUGGGGGGAAGCCCGCGUCAGAGCGCCUGGGUGGAGGAGCUCCGCGUCCUGGAGACUCCGGGGGAGGUGCGGGAGCACCUGUCUGGGAGGCGCGCGCUCCAUGUCAAGGGCUUCGGCAGCGGCUUCGGGGUGGAGUGGGGUGUGCAGCAGCGGCAGGACGAGGCCGCCGUCCAGGCCCUGGAGCGAUUCCGCCCGGACUGCGUGGUGGUCGACGGCGAUCCGUGGGGCAGCGGGUUCCAGCGGUACAUCAAGGCGUAUGCGGACACGCAGGUCGGUGCCGGGCUGGCAGUGCCAGAGCUCGUCUGGGUGAAGGGCGUAAGGGGUAGUUCACCCACGCCCGAAGAGCGCGAGAAGCACCUCGGCCAGGCCCGCGAGUGGGCCGACCAGGGACUCCCCGUGGUCGUAUCGUGGCUGCCCGAGCCUGCCAUCCCUCAAGGCGUGGACAGGCUGUUUGGGGCGGGCUGCUGGGCGAAGCUGCAGGGGCAGAGCUUCGACUUCAGAGGCGCCGUGCGGCUUCUGGAGGCGGCCGACCCCGACAAGCCCGAGUGGCUCCGCAGUCUCUGGGGCACCGCUCCCGGGCGCGAGAUGCACUUGGCCAUCGAGGAGGUGGAGAGCAGGGCUGAGAAGCGAUAUUUCGAGAAGAAGAGCUUCGAGAACGCCGCAAAGGGCUACGCGGUCUACCAGCACCUGCGGGGCGAGGGCCACGAGCCGGCAGUGCAGGGAGCCGUGAGUUUCGGUGGCGAAGAGAGCGUGCUGCUGGAGUUCUCGACCCUCUACCUCUGCCCCAGCUCUGGCUUCGACGCGGACCUGGCCGCGCUCUUCCCCUUCAGCCGCGGCAGGCCCAGCGACCCCACGCUGCCCGCGCACGAGGGCGGCGCCUUCAGGCCGCGGCGCGCAGGGGCCGCAGCCGCGCGACGCGCCGGCCGCCUCUGCGAAGAGGCGCUCGCGGCCGAGGACGCCGCGCCGUGGGCGGGCUGCCGCGGCGGCGCCGCCGAGGCGCCCCUCGGGGGCCUCCGGCGGCCCGCCGAGCCACUCGGCGACGGGCCCGCGGCGCCC